AUGAUCCUCUCGACGCGAUUCGGCUUGGCAGCGGACGAGGCUUUCGUGUUUCUCAGGUGGGAUUUGAUAAAAGCAUCGUUGGAAAUUAGGGUUUUGACGGAUUUGGAGACACACCUGAAUCGGACGAGGGGGCGGACGGGCAACCAAGCGAGUAUUUCGGCGACGAGCUCUGGGGGGAGAAUAGGCAGAUGCCCCAGCGGUCGAUCUGUAUUCUUCGCCUCGUCGGAACUUGGAGAGACUGGGUCUGCGCGAAAAGAAACGGAGGUGGCGGAGCUGGGUACGUCGUCGAGUGCGAGUGCGACGGAGCUCGGUUCGUCGAUGAGUGCAACGGGGCUGGUUCAAUCGGUGGAGCUGGGUUUGUCGACGAGUACGGCGGGGAUGCUCUUCAUCUCCAUGGCUGAAACCCUAAAUGAAAUGGAAUUGGGGAACUGA